CUUAUUUCUCCUUUCCCGCUCCUGGAUAUCUCUGCCGGGAUUCAAGCAGAUUGCAAUUCAAUUCAAACCUCCCUUUCGCCAUAGUUGGCCGAGUUAACCUGUCUAUAUUAUUAUGUCGUCAAGCUGUAUCUUUUGUUUAUUUCGUUGAUUGGUUCUAUUAUUAUGAAUGUAAUUCGAGCUACUCUCAAUAGAAAAUCCACCAGAGGACGACGUGGAAGGUGUAGAAAUGGACCAGUUUUUAAUACAUACUUUCCUCGACCAGCUGUGGAUCAAACAUCAAAUAAUUCCCUCUUAACAAGCAGUGAUGUCACUACAGGCCAACAGUCUGCUUCUAUACCAGCCCAAGUUUUGGGAGCUGCCAAUCGAAACAGCAGCAGUUCUCAUUCUACAGAACCAGUUAAAACUCCAAACUUGGCAGCAGUGUUCCAGAACAAGACCACAAGCAAAGAGCCACAGAUUACCAAUGAGUUUCUUGCCGAAGCUUUUCGCACUCCAGUCAUUCCUGAGAUGACCAACAGUUCCACUAGUAAGUUAUCCAGCAACCAGCGUCAGCCUGUGAGAAGUCUUCCUCCCCCGAACUCAGCGAGCGGUGCCCGUAAGCCAAGAUCAUCGACAAGCAGUGGCCCACGACCUGUCUCUUCAUCUUCCCACACUCAUACAUCUCACACUCCUCGGACACCCAAGACGACAUCUAGCUUGGAGAGUGCCCAGCAGAUGAUCUUGGCCAUCACCGAGGGACGAGGGUUGGCAAGAGGAGAGGUCGGGGUGGCAGCACUGGACGUGAAUCGCCCGCAUCUGGUCCUUUGCCAAAUCAGCGACUCUCAGACAUACAUCAACACUCUGACCAAAAUUAAUAUCAUACAUCCCGUAGAGAUUCUUGUGCCGCACACUUUUGUUGAAUGCCAGGCGGAGAGUAAGCUCUUCACGUUGCUUCGUGACAACUUCCCGCAGGUCUCCGUCACUACGGUGCAGCGUCGCCACUACAAUGACACAGUCGGGUUACAGCAGGUUCAGUCACUGUGUUUGCCAGAGUACAGCAGUGUAGAGCUGGUCAUUAGUCACAAGUUUUAUGCUCUAGCUGCAGCUGCUGCCUUGCUAAAGUUCACAGAGCAUAUGAAGAAUAUAAUAUUUAGUCCAAAAUCACUUAAAAUAGAAUAUCAGUCCCCUGAAAAUGUAAUGGCAAUAGACAUGGACACUGCUCAGAGACUGGAGCUGGUAAUAUCCCGCAGUGAUGGAGACGUGAAGAACAGUCUGCUGGGUGUGCUAGACUACUGCAGCACUGAGAGUGGCAAGCGGUCUCUACGAGCUAACAUAAUGCAGCCACCCACCUCGCAAGAGAUCAUAGACUCUCGUCUGCUCUCGGUCACCGAGCUGUCUCAGAGCCCUGCACUCCUCCACUCUUUGCAGACAGCUGUGUCAAAGUUUGAGGACGUAGAGCAGUUGCUAUGGUUGUGUGUGCAAGUGCCCAACUUCAGAGAUGAGCAGAAAGCAUCAGAGAUACAGACAAACUAUGUGCUGCUGCUCAAGACAUCUCUGGAUAGUCUUCCUGUUCUCAAAGAGACCCUACAAUCCACACAGACACCCUACUUCCAUAAAGUUUUAAAGGACCUGGACGAUGAGAGGUUUGCAGUCAUGCAGACCACUAUCCUGGAAGUAAUCAACGACGAUGCCAGGACCAAGAAAGGCUACUCAGCAUCACAAUUCCAGAGGUGCUUUGCCAUUAAGACUGGCAUCAACGGAUUGCUGGACAUGGCUCGCUCUUCCUACUCGGAUCUUGUGUCCACCACACAUGAGAAAAUCCAAGAGAUGGCCUCAGAAUUCAACCUUCCCUUGAGAGCGAGCUGUACUCUGACUAAGGGGCUUCACAUCCAACUCAGGAUCAUCAGAAACUGUGGUUUUUCAGUGAAAGAUCUACCCGCUGUUUUUAUACAGGUGAGCAGAACCAAGAACUUGAUCACUUGCACUACCGAAGAACUUGUCGUGUUGAACCAUCGCAUGAGGCAGAUGCUGCUGGAAAUACAGAUCUUGAGCAAUGUAGUCUUAUACCAGUUGCUGCAGAAACUGCGAGCACACAUUGGCUGCUUGUACCGUCUCUGUGAGGACAUUGCUGAGCUGGAUCUGCUUGUGGCGCUGGCUCAGGUCAGCUCUGCAGACCGCUUCGUCCCUCCCACCUUCGGCGACAAGAUGGACAUCAAGCUGUCCCGUCAUCCCAUCCUGGAUUUCAUCAGCCCCUUCACUCCUGUGGCUAACGAUGUGUUUGCCAGUGCAGAAAAGAACUUCCACAUCAUAACUGGACCUAACAUGGGUGGUAAGAGUGUCUACAUCAAACAGGUGGCCUUGUUGCAGGUCAUGGCUCAGAUUGGCUGCUUUGUGCCUGCUGAGACUGCUGAGUUUAAAAUCAUGAAACAAAUUUUCUCCAGGAUGGGUUUUGAUGACAGCAUUGAGUACAAUGCUUCCAGUUUCAUGUUAGAGAUGCAAGAGAUGCAAUACAUCAUUCGUUCUCUGAGACCCAACUGUCUGGUAGUGAUAGACGAGUUGUGUCGUAGUACUGACCAUGAAGAAGGUACUGCUAUAGCCUGGGUAAUGUGCGAGCAGUUGCUUCAGUCCAAGGCUUUUGUCUUCUUCACUACCCAUUACCUCUUCCUCACCAAGCUUCAGACCCUCUAUCCAAAUGUUACCAAUCACCAGAUGGUCACGGAGCAGAAUGACGAGAGGCAGUUGGUGUACACACACAAAGUAGCACCAGGAGUCACUAGAGUCAUGCUGUAUGGGUUACGGCUGGCCCAGGUCACAUCCAUUCCUCCAUCGGUUCUGCAACGUGCCAAGGAAAUAUGUGACGAUCUGACCCAGCAGAGAAUGCCAAUACCAUAUUACUGUGAGGGAAAAACUGAAGCAGAAGAAGAUCAAGAAUACAUUCAAGAACUCUUAGAUCUAAUUCAAGGUGAACGAUUCAAUCUGAAUGAACUUCUAAAAGUUCAGGCAAAACUAAAACAAAGAUAUGGAAUUGAAGAUGAAUUGGAGAAUCAAAAUGUUGAAGCGAGGCGUGAUACAGAAGAUAAGAGUGCUGAAAUCAGUGAAGAUAAUGAUAACUUAGAAAUUGAUCAUGAAGAGCCGGAUAAAUCUUUGUUAGAUUGCAAUGUCCCUCAACCAGUCAGGUCGUCUAAAAAUACCCCUUCCUCAAGUAAAGCACAGCAUUCUUGUGCAAUUAACUCAUCUGUGCUUGUGGACAAAAAUAUCACCCAUACCAAAACACCUAAGUCAAUGAUAGAUCCUUCCAUACCUUCUGUUUCAAGUCCUUCAAUGCUACUCAGAAGAGAUAAUUCAAGGAGUAACACUCCAGAACGGUUACAAAUGGAGAUGUGUAUGUCAAAGGAAACUGUCAGAAAUUCUGAAGUGAUUACCAAUGAGAUUUCAUCCUCUUCUGUAAUAAGAACACCUGCAAGUAGAAACAACUUGCAUUCUGAAAAAGGAAAUCAUCCACUAGGAAACGUUCUGCCUUCAAAUUCUGAUGUUACAACACCACAGAAAUUUCUAAGAGUACUUCCAUGUACAUCUUUAAGAGAGUCUAAUUAUUCUGAAAAUAUUGCGGGAAAUCGAUAUGAGCAUAUUUAUGUUGAAGAUGUACACUUAACACGUGACUCUCCAUUUAGAACCCCAUGUCAAAUCCCUCCUUCAAAGAACUACAAUACACAAAUAAAUUUUCCAGCAGUUUUGAAUCAUUCUCAAACAUCUUCACCAAGAGUUUUAUCUCCGACUUCAAUGCAGAAUUAUUCCGUUCCUGUAUUUGGUCACCAUAACCUGUCACAACUCCAGUCACCUAUUUCUAGAAGUACAUUUCAAGAUUUGGGUGAGCAAACUGUGAGAACCAGAUCAUCAGAUCAUGGUUCGUUCUUUGCAGAAGAGGAUAAUGAUCGCUUACCCAAUAGAUUCUUCACAGAAAAUAGUCAUCAUUUGCGUAGUUUUGGCCCUGGCAGUAGCAACUUAAGAAGUAUGUCUGAAGAAAUUCAACACCAACGUCGCAGACAUGAUUCUGAUGAGAGACCAUCCAGUAUGCCUACUUUUUUUGGUGGAAGAUUUCCUCAUCAGAGUCCGAGAACACCAGCUUCAAGCACUCCUAUGGUGUUGGAUCUUAACCCAAAUUUUGAUACAAUUCCUAGGAAUCUUGGAAGUGGAAGUGGUAGUUAUGAUGAAGACAUGUUUGAAGAAUAAUGCCUUUGAUGUUUUAUCAUGGAAUUGUUUUAUUGGACAUCAUGGACAGAAUUAUAGAUACGAAGCAGUUACAGUAAUAUUAUAGAAUAUAAAAGUGUAUACUCCAUAGAAAUAACCUAGAAGUUAUUAUGUAGUUUGUUAAAAAUGUAAACGUAAUGUAUUUUUGAACAUUUCAAUAAAGAUAAUAUUUUAUACUUUUUA